UCGAUCCAUCCGACCCUCUUCUUCUUCUACUUCUUCUUCGCUGCAGCAACCAGGGUACUGGGUAGUUCGCAACACCCACGAAGCGGUCCUGUGCGGUGUCCCUCCCGGUCGAGAUGGCGAGGAAGAAGAUCAGGGAGUACGACUCCAAGAGCCUCCUCAAGCAGCACCUGAUGCGCCUCGCCGGCAUCGACCUCUCCAUCCGAUCCGCUCAGGUGACGGAAUCGACGGAUUUUGCCGAACUGGUGAACAAGGAAACGUGGCUGUCCUCUACGAAGCUGGUCGUGAAGCCCGAUAUGUUGUUCGGGAAGCGUGGCAAGAGCGGGCUUGUGGCCCUGAAUUUGGAUAUGGCUCAAGUUGCUCAGUUCGUGAAAGAACGUAUCGGUGUGGAGGUCGAAAUGGGCGGUUGCAGAGCACCCGUGACCACAUUUAUAGUCGAGCCCUUUGUUCCCCAUGAUCAGGAGUACUAUCUUUCUAUGGUAUCGGAGAGGCUGGGAUGCACUAUAAGUUUUUCAGAGUGUGGAGGCAUUGAAAUAGAAGAGAAUUGGGAUAAGGUCAAGACUAUUUUUUUGCCUACCGAGAAGCCUUUGACAAGCGAAACUUGUGCUCCACUUAUUGCUACACUGCCUCUGGAGGUUCGUGGGAAAAUUGGGGAUUUCAUAAAGGGAGUCUUCUCAGUAUUUCAGGAUUUGGACUUCAGUUUCCUGGAGAUGAACCCAUUCACUUUGGUUGAUGGGGAGCCCUAUCCUUUGGACAUGAGGGGGGAGCUGGAUGACACUGCCGCUUUCAAGAACUUCAAUAAAUGGGGUCAUAUUGAGUUUCCAUUGCCGUUUGGCAGAGUGUUAAGUCCGACGGAAAACUUCGUUCAUUCAUUGGAUGAAAAGACAAGCGCAUCCCUGAAGUUUACUGUUUUGAAUCCAAAAGGACGUAUUUGGACCAUGGUAGCUGGAGGUGGAGCCAGUGUAAUCUAUGCAGAUACUGUUGGUGACUUGGGCUAUGCAUCAGAACUUGGCAACUAUGCAGAGUACAGUGGAGCUCCAAAUGAGGAAGAGGUUUUGCAGUAUGCUAGGGUGGUUAUAGACUGCGCUGCUGCAAACCCCGAUGGUCGUAAGAGAGCCCUUUUGAUUGGAGGUGGCAUCGCUAAUUUCACUGACGUUGCUGCCACGUUCAAUGGCAUAAUUAGAGCCCUUAGGGAGAAGGAAUCUAAGCUGAAAGCAGCAAGAAUGCAUAUUUAUGUGAGAAGAGGCGGCCCAAACUACCAGACUGGUCUAGCAAAGAUGCGUGUACUUGGUGAAGAACUUGGACUUCCGCUUGAGGUUUAUGGACCUGAAGCGACAAUGACAGCAAUUUGCAAGGAAGCGAUUGAGUGCAUAAUGGCAGAGUCAUAGAAUGCAUUCCAACUCCAGCAACUUUUAAAGGAAUUGCUCUGGUGGUUGUCUCAUGCAUUUAGGUUUGGCCAAGAGAAAAUCAUUGCAUUUUGACCAUUUCAAGAUCAGGUUCCCGGAAUUUCUUCACAAGAAAGAAAAAAGAACUUAAAUUGCUUGGAAUUUCUCGAACAUUGUUCAAUCCCCCCAAUUUGCAAUAAUGUGUCAAAUGUGUGUUUUGCAUCUUCAAUAGUAUCUUUGUAAGGUGAGAGCUAAUGCACACAUUCUCUAUAUACUUGAAAUGAAAGGUCUCCAAGCUCGAAAUGUUUUUGUGAA